AUGAGUUACAUGUCGCCCAUCAUUGAGGCGACAAACGACAUCGAAGUCGGUCUCCUCUUCAACAACGCCGGGUACAUCCACACUGGGCUCUUCACGGACACAGGGAUUGAGAAGUUGCGUGCAAACCUUGAAUGCAACGCCGCCUGCGCCAUCCCCAUCACCCAUCACUUUCUACGCAAAAUGAUGGAACGGCGGCGUCGGGGCCUUGUGGCGUUCACUUCCUCUUCUGCCUGCUACUUCCCUGGCCCAACUGCGACAAUGUACAGCCCCUCCAAGGCGUUUCUGACGAAUUUUGCCACAACCCUUGCGGCGGAAGUGCGCCAUGCAGGCAUUCAUGUGGUUGUAAUUCACCCCUCGCCCGUGAAGACAAACUUUUACAAGAACCACGGACCGACACUGAACUCUCUCAAGACCAUGCAGAAGGCAGCAAUAUCGCCAACGCACAUUGCUGAACAAAUAUUUGCUUCUGCAGGACGCCUCACUGUGUGGGAUCAAGGCCUGACGACCGCAGCGUUCCGAGUGGCGAACAAGGUUUUUGAUUUUCAAUUCUUGACGGAGCUUGUUGUGCGCUUCGCAAACUUGAAUGGCGAUCACAGGAGACUGGUAAGCGCCUCUAAACUGCACGGCAACAAACAGGCUUGA